AUGCUUCGUGUUCCAGCGUACGUCAGUGCAUCUCCAUCCGAGUGUCUGUUCUGGUCUGAAUCGCCGUUAAUACUAGAGGUGAGGGCCAAAUCCACUCGAAGAAGAAGAAGCACUUCCACCUGAAUGUUUAGCGAUAUUUCGCGAACGUCAACGAGCAAAAUUUUCGUGUUGACUAAAUCUGUUUUGAGAACCCUCAAUAUGCUUCGGUUCCUGAUCAGUCUGAGUAUUGGAGUAUACGCCGGAAUAUACAUAGCCCAAAAUUACGAGGUGCCACGGGUGGAUGAACCAGCAAAACUGUACCAGCGAGUACUUCAGUUUCUAGAAGAAAAUAAAAAAAAGCCAUAGUAUAACCAUAGCAAUGUAUAUUUCUAAAACCACUUCCAAUACUAGAAGACGGAUAUGCUAUUAUCGAUGUAAUAUGAUGUAAA